AUGGCGUCUGUACAGAAAGCUGGAAAGACCGUGCCGCGUCUCAUCCAUGAUGUCCAGCUGUAUGAUCCAGCACACGACCCAGACACAGGCCGUAAUCUCCUCUCAGAAACUCCGCCCGUUUACCCAGAAGGCUACAAUGGCCCACCUGGAUUCAUAUCACCGGAAGCAUGUCGACACGAAUAUGUCUUGAAAGAAGACCAAACCUUCAUGUCAGAGCCAGAGCACCGGAGAAGGCCAGGCACAUCGUCCAAGGUCUCAGCCAUAUGCACAAAGUGCCGUUAUCAUCUUCAAGUGGUGGUUAACUACACCAACUUCGUGAGCACAUUUGGUCAGAACCAGGGGAAACACUUGCAUCAUUUGGUCUACAAAUCAGGACGGCAGAAGAAUGGCCUUACGUUGCCUGAAGAAACCCUCAAAGGGCAGGUUGCGGAGACGUACCACUACCAAUGUUCCUACCCCUCAUGCUCGGCUAUGGUAUCUUUGCGGAUUCUUUCACCGAUUCUGAGCCCGGAAUUCAUCCACUUGAUGACCGAUAAAGAGCUGCUGCGGAAACGAGCUGAAGAGGCCACUGCAGCGUAUGCUGAGUCCAUGGAAGGCAUGGGUGAUCCACAGCCGAUCAAUGUAUUGGAUAAUCUGCGCCUGUACAUUACCAACGCCCUACGGAAUCCACAACGCAGCAAGCCCAUCUCCUCCGUCAAUAAGAGGUUCAUGCACUCGUUCGGCGUGGAAGGUGCUGCUUGUAAAGAAUUACUUGAAUUUCUAGAGUUCAUGUACAAUACGGAUACUGGGGCAUGGCACCCGCCUAAACCGACAUCUGACGCCGAAAAACCUUACCAAGACACGAUGCGUCUCUUUCUCGACGACUUGCUGCAUGAAUUACUAGUCCUGAUACAUCUCAGAUCAGCUUCAGAAAGAAGAGGAUCCCAGAUUCCUGAUCUUCCUUCCUCCGCCAUCCCCGUUAUUUCCUGCGCUCUAGAAGCGCAAGACUAUCCAACAGCCAUGCGUUAUAAGGAAUUUGAGAUGGCUUAUGCUCCUUUCUAUGAAGACUUGGGGGUGAUGGAGGAUAUGUCCUCAUCGGCUGUGGUGGAAGCAUACAAUCGACAGGUCUCAGUCGAUCCUGGCAGGACCUCGAUGUACUUGUCUGCUCUCAAGGCUAUCGGGUUUCUGCGUGGCGGCCAAGACAAGGAAGUCAUUGACAUAGCCGUCCAGGCAGCUUACGAUCAAGGGAAGUACGAUGUUGAGGACGUUGUCAGCGCGUAUCAAUACUUUAACCUCCACUUCGAUGAUCCAAACCUCACCGAGGACAGCAUCAUUGGCAAAUUCUAUGCCUUCCUCAGCUCUACAACCCAAGAUACCGAAGCGCGUCUGCAGUUGUGGCGGAUUGGCGACUCCAGGGGAAGCGCGCGCAUCAAAGCGGCAUCAGAAGACCGUGUUUCUACUGUUGAACAAGCGAAUGUCUUCUUGGGGGUCGAGGAUCAGACCCCGGAUGAUUUUGUCAUGACUAUGUACACCGCAAAGGUCAAUGACAGUCCACUUACCAAAGAACUGGCGAAACGCGCCGUGGCACUCAUUGCCGAGUCCCGCAAAUCGGUCGCAUUGAAACAUUUCAUCAAUACCGGAGAGAUGAUUGCUGGUGAAAUGGACAUUGGUGAUGCUUAUCGUCUACUCCAAAUCCCUGAUCGAACUGCCGACGAUGGGGCAAUCAUAGCCGCAUAUACAAUCUGCAUCGAUGAAAACCCAGGGGAUGCCGAGAGAUACAACCAGGCUCUGACAAUUAUUGCCAAGCAACUGGACAGCUCUACGUUGAGGAAUAUGGCAGGUAUCUCCAACGAGCCUGAUCGAAGCAUGCAAGAUUGGCCAGUCGGACUACAAAACAUCGGCAAUACAUGCUAUCUCAACAGCCUGUUGCAGUUCUAUUUCUCCGUCCGUCCUUUCCGUGAGUUGAUCUUGGAUUUUGAACGCUUCCAAAUGGAUCUGAAUGACGAGGAAACCCUCGCAAAGAAACAAGUGGGCUCGCGAAAGGUGACGAAGAAGGAGGUCGAGCGAUCUCAGCGAUUCCUCACCGAACUCCGGACUUUGUUCCGCAGCAUGAUCACCUCAUCCCAAAUCUCGGUUACUCCCGGCCAGGAACUUGCUCGGUUGACCCUAAUUAGCCCAAGCAACGAGGCGGCAAUACGUCGUCGGUCGACGAUCACUGCUACUAGAUCUGAGAUGCUUGGUGACAUCAACGGUGCUCCAAUUCUGGGACCUCUUGGGCCUCCACAGACCCUUCUCGGGGGUCGGAUGGAGCCGGUUUCAUCUUCUGGCCAAGCUGAUGCCGUCCCUAUUCGAAACUCGGCCGCCAGCGAUAACAGCAGCGAUACAACACUGGUCUCUGAUAAUAGCAUGAACGAUGCACCUGGACUCUUUAUUGAGGACAAGGAGAACAAUCCCCCAGACUUGGACCAACUGUCGGAUCAAGCAGAGCCAGGUUCUCCCCAGGACAUGAGUAUCGACCCAGAUGAUAGUGUACCGUCCAACCUACCACCGCCCGUCCCUCCUCGCAACGUCCCGCAAGUUGAUCGGGAAAAGCAAUUGAAGGAGGAGGUAGAAAUUGGUGCCCAGCAAGAUGUGACAGAAGUCAUCAACAAUGUUCUGUUCCAGAGCCAGUGCGCCAUCAAGCCUCGAGGCAUUGGCAGUGACGGUGAACAGCUUGAUCAGAUCAAAGACUUGUUCUACGGCCAAACCCGCUCGUACAUCUCCACCGAGAAAGGAACACGCUCGAAGGACGAACGGUGGUGUGACAUCAAGGUUGAUGUUGCCCAUGGAUCUCGAAACAUCUACGAUGCCAUCGAUGGGGCAUUUGAUAUCCAAAAGAUUAGUGUGGAAAACUCUGUGGCUGAGCAAUUCGCUUCCAUCAGCCAGCUCCCGCCUGUUCUCCAGAUCCAGGUGCAACGGGUUCAGUUUGAUCCUGUGAAGAAAUGCUCGUUCAAAUCUACAAACCACCUUGGGUUGCUUGAAACUAUCUACAUGGAUCGAUACAUGGACACCAAGAAUCCGGAUGUUGUGGAUCGACGAAAUCAAUGUUGGGAGUGGAAGGCGUCUCUGAAGAGGCUCGAGGCUCGCCGAGAAGAGCUUCUCAGGACAAAGGAGGGUUCCGGCGUUGACAUGGCAACAUUGUUCCGUAAAGUCAAAACCGCACUACAAGAUGUGGACUCUAUUGAAAACGACACUGAGACCGGAGCCGGCGCUGAAGUCGAAUCUGAUUCCAUGAAUGCUGUGGCUGGUACGGAGUUUCUGGACGAACUCGAGUCCCUUGCCCAUAAGGCAGAGACCGACUUGCAAGCUGUCGACCAAGAAAUCAAGGAUACGCAGACCAUGAUUUCUAGCCAAUUUGCUGAUUUCCACAACCUCCCGUAUCGACUGUACGCCGUUUUUGUGCAUCACGGGUCGGUCUCAUUCGGCCAUUACUACAUCUACAUCUUCGACUUUGACAAGAAGAUAUGGCGCAAAUACAAUGACGAGUACGUGACCGAGGUCCAGAAUGUGGAUGAGAUCUUCAAGAACGACUCGACCAGCAACCCUCCGACCCCGUAUUUCCUUGUUUAUGUCAACGAUAGCAUGAAAGACCGCCUGGCAAACCCGGUUUGCCGUGAGGUAUCCGACAACAUUUCCGACCUUCCUGAUCUGGAACUAGCUACCACCAUGGAGGGUGUUGAGCCCACUAGCCCCGCGCCGGACGUGAAUAUGGAACCCCCAUCCUAUGAGGAAGCGUCGGCCAUCAAUGGAACUCCAGUAUUGGUAGAUUCCAAUGUCACGCCCGUCGAUGCGGAAGCUGUCAACCCUCUAAAACGCAAGAGUGCUGAUGAAAUGAAACCAACCCGUCCGACUUAA